CCCCUUCAGCUCCACAACAGUCAGCUGAUCAGCUGAUCGCACUACUUCCUGUUUACUUCCUAGAAGUGAUCGGCUACUUUAGUUCAGCUACUGUACUCCAUAUAAAACCCAUGUAAAGAACUUAGUUUUGUUGCUUUCCUCUCAUCAUGGCUCAGGUAGUUUGUUUCUUUCUGCUGCUCUGCGCAGCGGCUCCGGGCUCUGCUGCUCCGACCGGAAACAGCUACCUGUCAGGAACAGGCAGGUUCUGGCACAUCACUGACCUCCACCUGGACCCCAGCUACCACCUGGCCCAGGACCCCACCAAGGUUUGCUUCUCCUCCAAAGGAGCCCCCGCCACGCACGCCGGUCUGUACGGAGACUUCCUGUGUGACUCCCCCUACAGCCUGAUCCAGUCAGCCUUCACCAACAUGGCGCCUCUCACACAGCCGGAAGACUUCAUCAUCUGGACCGGCGACAGUCCGCCUCACGUCCCUCCAGAUGAGCUGUCUACUGACCUGGUGAUCCAGGUGAUCAGUAACAUGACGCAGACCAUCACUCAGCACUUCCCCAACCUGACCGUCUUCCCUGCACUGGGAAACCACGACUACUGGCCACAGGACCAGAUGCCAGACUCGACUAACGACAUCUACAAAGCAGCUGCUGCUCUGUGGAAACGCUGGCUGGAGCCUGAAGCUCUCACCACUCUCUCACAAGGUGGUUUCUACUCCCAGCUGGUAAAACCAGGCCUGCGCCUGCUGAGCCUCAACACCAUCCUGUACUACGGACCUGACAAAGUCACCAUCAACAUGACCGACCCAGCCGGGCAGUUUGAGUGGCUGGAGAAAACUCUGGAGAAAUCUGCUCAGAGCAAAGAGAAGGUGUACGUCAUCGCCCACGUCCCGGUGGGGUACCUGCCCUUCGUCGGGAACACCACCGCCAUCAGAAAGAGCCACAAUGAGAGGCUGGUGGCCAUCUUCAGGAAGUACAGCCAUGUUGUUGCAGGGCAGUUUUAUGGCCACACCCACAGAGACAGCAUCAUGGUGCUGCUGGAUGAGCAAGGAUAUCCAGUGAAUUCUCUGUUUGUGUCGCCGGCUGUUACUCCCAUCAAAAGUUUUUGGGAGCAGUAUUCCAACAACCCAGGUUUCCGCAUGUAUCUGUACAGCAACAAGGACUACAGUGUCAUGGAUAUCUGGCAGUACUACCUGAAUCUGACUGAAGCCAACGAGAAACAAAGGUCCGACUGGAGGCUGGAAUACAUCAUGACUGAGGCGUUUGGACUGAGCGACCUGCAGCCGAAAAGUCUGCUUCAGCUGGGCCUGAGCUUCAUGCUGCCGCAGAGCAAAGCCUUCGAUAAAUACUUCAGCCACUUCAUGGUCGACUACAACAGCAGCAUCGUCUGUGAUGGAAGCUGCAAGGUCCACCAGGUGUGUGCCGUUCUCUACCUGGACCAGCAGUCGUACUCCAAAUGUGCUUCCAGUGCAGACUGGUAGCAAGUUUAUCCUCAGGAAAAUUUUAACUCUUUAGUAUUUUUGUGUCUGCUGGAAUCAAAUAAAAGGGAAAUGUUAGACUCUGCCUUCACAUCAACUGGUGUUUCAGUUUGAUGCCACUUUAUGCUUUACUUGAUGGAUGUGGAGAAUCAGAUUUGUUAUGUUGAACAACACAACAGCUGAGGUACCUGAUAUAAUUAUUGUUGUGAAAUUUGAUGAUGAAUGUUUAAGUUUCAUGACCAAAAACUGUUGUUGCAUAUUCUAUAAAACCAGAGGAUGUCAUGAUGUAUAUUUUAAUCUACAUUCCUCGGUGCUUUUUAGAUAAAUUUUGUUUUAUUGAUUUAAAAUGUGUCAAAGUGCAAUUUUAAUCCCAAAAUGUGUUGCUACUUUCUGCUGGAUUCCCACAGUUUCUGUUUCCAUGGAAACUAAAUAUAAUAUUUAGAAAUACUUUGGAUUAAGUAGAAAAAGUGUUUUCAAAUUUAGAAUUUUUUCUGAUAUUGUAAGAAUAUCAGAAACCUAAACUUUCUAUGCUGAAUAUCUAAAAUAAAUUAAACAUUCAAAUUGAAAUUUUAAUUAAAACUAUUCAGCAGGCAAUAAACUUAGUUUAAAAAAAUAUAUGAUUCUACUUGUUACUGGAAAUAUCGGUAAACCAAAAAAAAAUCUUGCUCAAUUAAUGAAUAUUUUUUUUCGAUAUGUGAUUGUAUAUGUGCUGCCUAAAGAUAAAUGGAACUAUUUAUCACAUUUACAGAUAUUUAUACAUAAUUUUCUGUUUUUGUGUGUUUUUGAUUUACCCUUUCUUGCACUUCAUCAUUACCAUAAGAAAUGCACAAUUUGUUUGUGCAGCACCAGGAAUGUGUUUGUGGAGAAUUGAGCCUCUGCAUGCAGACAGGAUGAUGAACAUCCAGGAUGGGAACUCAGUUGAUUCAGGAUAAUUUAAUGAGAACAAAUCGUGUUGUUUUUUGACUAAAUGUUUGUUUUACAGAUGCCAUGUUACAGUGAGAUUUUUGUUAUCUAUAACUGAUUAAAUGUGAAUCAGGUCACAUCUGUGUUUUAAUACAGACAAUAAUGUUUAUGAAUUUCAUUUUCUGCUUCAUCAAAAUUAAACAGAAAAUGUGUUAUAUCUUGCACAAUAUUUAUUUUGUUUUCUGCAUAUUCUUUCUCUGAAUAGAGAAACAUUUUGUCUGAGCAACGUCGGUUUAUUCAUAGAUUAAUUAUCCUUGAAGAAUAAUAAAUAAAAUGAAGAAAAAUAA